GGAACAUAUAUAAAAACCCUGCACUGUGGGGAGUGCUCAGCAGAUUCACAAGUGAGGCUGUCAUUUAAUUCUCCAUCACCAGAAGAUCUAUCAUCUUACAAGAAUCAGAAUAAUGCUGAAACUCUGGACUCUCCUUUUUGCCUCUGCGCUGAUCAUCUGUCAGAUGUACGUCUCACAGGCAGCUCCUUCUAGUAGUAAGAUGGAGUUAGAUGGAGUCACACUAUCCAAUGAUGACGCCCAGAGGUUACUCAGAGCUAUUAAGGAGUUCAUGCAGAUAACUUCAGAUGAGCAAGACCAACAAACAGCUGAUGGAAACAGCUUGGAUAGACCCAUGUCUAAGCGCUGCACCGGCUUAAGCACGUGUGUGCUGGGCAAACUCUCCCAGGACAUUCACAAACUACAAACCUAUCCCCGCACCGACGUGGGAGCAGGGACGCCCGGCAAGAAGCGAAGUCUAUCUGAGCAAUUUGAAAGCUACAUCAACUCAUACAACUGAAACUCUCCCUUUCUAGCCCAUCCCGUCUGUCUGAGUUAACUUUUGCUUGUUCGCCCGGCUCUCUCCACUCACAAGACUGCUGAUGCAUGUGGAUCCUAUCUUCCUGACUAACUUCACAGAAACGUCCUUGCUUUAAUUUCCCCCCUGGCAGACUUUAGAUAUUAAUAGAGACUUGAAAACUUAGUUAGUUAUAGAAGUGAUGUUACUUUGACAGUUCUGUACAAUAAAAUAAAAUACAGACACAACUUAAAAACCUUUCUGAUGUGAUUUUUCACUUCAUAGUGACGAUGUUUCUAGUUUAAUAACUUCAUCUUCUACAUGAAAGCUGUUUUUUAUUUGAGAUUGAAAACAUACAAUACUCACUGAAUUAAUAAAUAAAAGGAGAAAAGGGUAAGCAUGACUGU